AUGUCGACUCAAAAAUAUGAAUCGGGCUAUUCGAAACUCAAGAAAAAGAAAAGAGUUGAAGCUUUGAUUGAAUCACAAAAAGGGGCUUUAGACAAAUUUGUUAAGACAAACAAAAAAAGUGAAAUCGAAAAUAAUAGUGAUUGUUCGCUGAAUGAACAAGUUAAUAAUGUAAACCAUGAUGAAAAUGAAAAUCGAGAAGAGGUAGUUGACGAACAAGUUAACAAUAUAUAUGCUAAUGAAAAUAGAGAAGGAAUAGCGGGUGAUAAUGAAAUUAUAGUAUCGGUUAAUAGGCAAUAUAAUAUUGAUUCUGACACUAACAAUGAAGAUAGAGAAAAAGUAUUAGAAAAAUCAUCUCAUAAAAAUAUAUAUGACCCAAGUCAAUGGAUAACUAUUGACACAAAUUUGAGAGAUUUAUUAGUAGAAAAUGGUCCUAUUAAAGUUACCGAUAUAGAUUUUCCUAAGGAUGCAUAUGCAAGACACUUUUCUUCAUCACUUUACAUUCAACAAUUAUUCAACGGAGAGAAGCGUGAAAGAAGAUGGUCAACAAUGUCUCAACAUAGAUUAAAUGGAUUGGCUUUAUUAUCGAUUGAAAAAGAAAUGUUACAUGAAAUUGAUUACAAUAGUUUAAUAAAUGAUUUUACAUCUCAAAAAGCUCGAAGAGUAAAUUUUAAAUAA